GAAACUAUCACAGAGGCCGACUCAUUCUUGGCAGGAUGGCAUCUCAUCGUCUCCUCCUCCUCUGCCUGGCUGGACUGGUAUUUGUGUCUGAGGCUAGCCCUGAGGGCACUGGCGAAUCCAAGUGUCCUCUGAUGAUCAAAGUCCUAGAUGCUGUCAGAGGCAGUCCUGCUGCCCAUGUGGCUGUGGAAGUGUUCAAAAAGGCUGCUGACGAAACCUGGGAGCCAUUCGCCUCUGGAAAAACCAGUAAAUUUGGAGAGCUCCACGGACUCACAACUAAUGAUAAAUUUGUAGAAGGUAUGUACAAAGUGAUGUUAGACACCAAAUCCUACUGGAAGGCACUUGGCAUUUCUCCCUUCCAUGAAUAUGCAGAGACAAUGUUGCCAGGGAAACCAUCGGGCAUUAUUUGACUUCUGGGGCCCACAAGUCACCAAGGAAGCCCCAGCUACCAAGAAGCAUGUCUCUGGCUACUUCUCAGCAAGGCAGCAAGACACGGAACCUGGUCAAGGUCGGAUGCAGGGUUUUUAUGGUGCCCACCACAAGACACAUGGCCCUAGAAUUUCAGGUCCUACCCUAGAGAACUGGAGCAGCCUCCCUGUGACCCUUGUCUGCCCUGGAUCUCAAUCUGAUGAGACCACCUGAGAAGAUUCUCUGCCGUACUACCCAUAACUUAUUGAUCCUAUUUACUAGACAUCAGCUUCCUUGUCUGCUCUUCAC